AUGCAUAUCAAUUUCCACAAGAGCCUAGGAUUAGGAUCCUUAUUGACAACGGUACUUUCACUGUUCACAAAUGAACCCAAUGCGAUCGCCUACCGACCAGCACGGCCGCCGUCCUAUCCCCUGGCCGUCCGUAACCCGUAUCUUUCAGCGUGGAUGCCCGGCGACCAAAUCCAGAAUUUACCGCAAGCCGACUCACAAUUCUGGGCUUGGCAGAAUCUCACCUGGUCUGUUAUGGCGCGUGUAGAUGGCCAAACCUACAGUUUGAUGGGUGUGAAAGACCACGGCGAUGGCGUUCGCCCGGCUGUCGUUCGCAGCGCCGAGUAUACAGCGACCCAUUCGCUGUUCACCCUCUCGGCAGGGGAGGCAGUCAUCACGCUUGACUUUUUCUCCCCAGUAUCACCCUCGAACUAUCUUCGGCAAUCUCUUCCUUUUAGCUAUCUGACGGUGACCGUAUCCGGGCCAUCGACCAACAACGUUCAAAUACUUUCGAGUAUUGACGGACGAUGGGCUGGGAGUGCGGAGAACACUGCCCGUGACUUCCAGCAGACUGGUUCUACAGCAGUUUACUCCCUUACAGUGGAAAACGCAACGCCAUAUUCCGAAGCGGACGACAUGGCCACUUGGGGAGAGGUAAUCUUGGCGUCUCGACCGACGCCUGCGUCUAAACUGUCUUUCGCUUCAGGCGAGUGGGAGAAUGUGGAAUCCAAAUUUACAAAGACGGGGGUUUUAGCUAACAACGACCCUUGGCUGCCGGAGGGAGUCCUAGCCCUCUCGCAUGACCUGGGCGCCGUUACUACCGAGCAAUCGGUGAACUUCGCCGUUGGUUAUGUGAGGGAGAAAGCGAUCAACUACCUUGGAAAGACAUACACGGGGUAUUACCGAGCCCAAUAUCCCGAUACGAACCAGGCCAUCUCAAACUUUUUGGAUGAUUAUGACGACGCCCUACAAGAGUCUCUGGUCCUUGACUCAGAAAUGGCGAGUAAAGCAAAAGCAGUUGCGGGUCAGAAAUAUGCGGACAUCGUCACUCUUUCGGCUCGUCAGGCAUACGGCGGAAUCGAUCUUACAAUCCCCAAUGACACUUUGAACACUGAAGAUGUCCUUGGGUUCAUCAAGGAGCUAUCGAGCAACGGCAACCUCAACACCGUGGAUGUGAUUAUGCCCGCGUUCCCCGUCUACUAUAUAAUGAACCCAGAUUAUAUUCGAAUUCUCCUCGAGCCGAUGAUGAGGUAUCUCGCGGCGGGACGGUGGAGGAAGCCAUACGUGAUCCAUGAUAUGGGAGCACAUUACCCGAAUGCCACCGGCCACGAUGAUCAGAAGGCGGAGCCUAUGCCAAUCGAGGAAUGCGGAAACUUAAUGGUGUUGGCUCUGGCGUAUGUGAGAGCAUCAGGAGAUACAGCCUGGAAGACACAGUAUACGCCUAUAUUGAGAAGCUACGCGGACUAUUUGGUCGAGCACGGCGUUGACAUUGCGGAGCAGCUGUCUUCUAAUGAUGCGGCAGGGCCUUUGGCCAAUGAGACCAACCUAGCCAUUAAGGCUGCAGUUGGCUUGAAAGCAUUUGGGGAACUGACGGAACUGACGGAAUACUCACGCAUUGGCGACGAGCGAGCGUCGCUGUUCUUCGCUCAAGGCCUUGGAACCGAUGAACGCAAAACGCAUUUUGUGCUUCAGUAUCCCGAAAACCAAGGUUCAUGGAAGAUCCCAUACAAUUUAUAUCCUGACGUAUUAUUUGACUUACAAACAUUCCCCAAUGCCGCACAUCAGAUGGGCAGUUCCUUUUUCAAGACGGUGCGCGCCGAAUAUGGAGUCCCUCUGGAUCACCGGCAAGACUGGGCCAAAUCAGAUUGGAACAUGUGGCUAGCUGGCACGCUUGACACAAACACCCGGGACGAGUUUGUCGAUGACCUGUGGGCAUUCAUGACCAAUGGAAAACACAACUGGCCCUUUUCUGAUCGAUACGUUGCCACAUCAGCCAAGGGCCAGCACCCCGGCCUUCCCAUCCUUUGUCGCGCUCGACCCACAGUCGGUGGCCAUUUUGCGCUGAUGGCGUUGGAUGGUCCUAGGUCACUUCAUAAUGACGUGAUCCGCUCAUUGAAGUCUAUAGAAGACAUGAAAAUCGAACAGGUCUUGACUGAGCAGCACGGGGAAGACCUUUGA